CUUCCUCUCUCAUUGUCUCCUUUCAUAAAUUGUUUAAAAACAAAAAAUACUUUCCAAAUCAAUGAAAUUUGAUCCUAAUAAAUUCACUCUACCGUAAUAUUUUCAUUAUGAACGUUUCAUUUGAAUUUUAUGAAAAAAAAGAACGGUAAAUAGAAAUUCACAGUUCAUAUUAUUCGUAACAAGGAUGGCGUCAUCAUGAAAAUAGUGUGUUCACUUUUUUUUUACACGCGAAAAUUAAAAACUUAUGGGUUAAAAUGAAACUUGUUAUUUUCUCUUCAACGAUAAAGGUGAUUGUGAAAAAUUUCUCAAUUCACCUUUAAUCAAAAUAUUCAAGUUAUUUCGAUUGGAUUUGGACAAAUAUGGAAAAUUAAAUCCAUUUUCUCAAUUCAUAGUGCGUUUUUUGAUAUACACAUAGGAGAAGAAGAGACACGAUUCAUGUGGUGGUUUUAUGCGCUGGCGUGUGUGUUGAAGGGCAGCUGCGAUAAAAAAAAUUUUUUUUUCCCGAUUUUUCUUGAAUAAUUAGUGAACAUUAGAAAAAAGGCAAAAGUGAAUAUCAAAUCUAGAUGAAAAUUUGUGACAGCAAGUAAAUGAAAAUUGAGAGAAAAUCUAUAAGGAGCAGACAAAACAUUCGUAACUAUAAAAAUCAACAUUUUUGAAUCAAAAAUUCACUGUCAAGAUUCUAAAAAGACUGUAAAAAGGAUUCAUUGGUGAUUUUAAAUGGUGUUCAAUUGAUAUUCUUAGAUAGGAUAUUAACCCAAUUGUUCCUAUAAAAACUUUUUCUUCACUUAAAAGAAAGUCUGAAUUAUUACGUGAAUGGAUGAUGCACGGAGGCAAUGAACGGUAUGGAGAGACAUGGACAUGGUCAUGGGCAUGGACAUAGUCACGGACAUGGACAUGGUCACUCACAUUCACACCAUCAUCAUCAUCACCAUCACCAUCAUCAUUCCCAUAGCAAUUCAUCAUCAUCGUCACAAAAUUCAUCGGGUCAUUCCUCGAAGCAUAGUCACAGUCAAGUAUCACAUGCCUCGAAAGAAGCAACGAGUAAUCAACAUCAACAACAUCAUCAGCAACAACAUCAUCAGCAACAGCAUCAUCAACAACAACAACAGCAGCAACAACAACAACAGCAGCAGCAACAACAACAGCAACAAACGUCCCCAAAACCACGAAACUAUAAACUUUUGGUUGAUCCCUUUCUCGUGAAAGGCGCAACAAAAUUAUAUCGUUACGAUGGCGUUGUACCCGGCGAUCCAACACAACCAAUUGUUCAACCCCGCGAUCCACGUUCUCAAUUAACAAGAAUAUGGACACGUCUCGAGCAACUCGAUCUUCCAGUGCCGCGUUUCAAGAUCGAUCAAAAUUAUUGCGGCGAACCACCCCCAUUGGAAGUGACAUUCUGCCAUUUAAAUGACAAUAUCGAUCGUGCAUUUCUAUCCGAUAUGGUUCAUAAAUUUGGCACCGUUGAAGAGCUCACAAUUUACUAUCAUCCAAUGACAAAUAAACAUCUUGGAAUUGCCCGCGUUGUAUUCGAGAGUACAAAAGCAUCAAAGGCUUGUGUUGAAAAAUUAAAUAAUACAUCAGUAAUGGGUAAAGUAUUACGUGUAUUUCUCGAUGCAUUUGGCGACGAAUGUAAAAAGCUCUACGACGAAAUGACAAUUGAAAAGCGCAUUGAACCGAAGGAAAUUAAACCCGAACCAGAACCAGAGAAACCGUCGCCUAUUGAAAAAAUUCCACCACCACAACCACCGCCACCUGAGGAACGUGUUAAAAAACCACCGCCACCAACGGCGAAUACAACACAAAAUGAAAAAACUCGCGACUAUAUUGAGACACCACGUUAUGGUAGUGGUAAAUAUCGUGAUUAUCCAACACCAACCGGAAGUACAACAGGCAGUGAUCUUGGUUAUGCAACAGCGCCAAGUGAAAUGAAUUAUUCCGGUUCAUAUUCACAAAAUUCAACUCCAGCAACGAAUUACGAUUAUUUUUACGGUGGUUUUCAUCAUCCACCGCCAAAUAGUUAUUUACCAAACGUCGCUCAAGGUGUCUCGCCAAAUCUCCCUCUACAAACAAAUUCAACAGCAAUGUGGUGGAAUCCACAGAGUUCAGCGACUCCAAGUUACGCUGCUCCAGUUUGGACACCACAACAACAACAACAACAACAUUCAUCGAGUCUAGAUAGUCCGAAUAUUUUACACGUCACAAAACCCCCAACGACAACAACAACAACAACAACGUCUUCAUCGUCAUCGUCGAAAAUUCAACAGUUCACGCCAAAAAAGAAGGAUAAGGAAUUACAGCAAAUAACACCGAAAACAACGCCACGCGAUUCACCGAUUGAAUGUCGAAAAACAUUGGAUUUAGAUACGAGAAUUGCAAUGUUAUUGAAGGAUAAAGCCGGUGGUAUGGCACCGCCAUUCUUACAAUUUGGUAGCGACAGUGAGGAUGAUAAGAAAUCGUUGCCUGAUGAGGAAAUACUGUCAACACCGCCGAGUCCAUUUCUCACCGCUGAAAUUUAUAAGGCGCAUCAUGAAAAGGCUGUGGAUAAAAUUAAGGAGAGGAGAAAAAUUCGUGAGAAUAAUAUACAUCCAUUUCCGGUUGAUGAGGAUCUUGGGAGUGUUAUUAGUUCAAGUGAGGAUGAGGCAUUAUUGGAUAUUUAUAGUCCGGCUGUUGAUGAUAAUGAUGAUAGGCGAAAGGAAUCUCAACCUGCCAUAUCGCUCGAUGAUGAUCGAAUGUCAUUGAGUCCAUUGAGUUCUGGUGAUGAGAAAAUUGAAGAGAUCAGUUUUCAAGUGAUAGCUCACAAUCCGCCGGUAAAUCAACUUUAUCCAGGACCAGGAUAUCCCGGCGCGUUGACACAUCCUCACUAUCCUCAUCUUGUAAGCGAUAUGUAUGGAUGGCCACGCCCUGCGCAUUAUCCUUCUCCAUAUGGAGCACCGUACCUGCCUAAUAGUUAUCAACCACCCAAUAAUUCCUUCCAAGGAGGAAUUCAUAAUAAUGCCCAAGGCGCAAAUUAUUAUCCCUCCCUUCAGUCUCGACUUCAAGCGAUGACAAACUUUAAUACAUAUAAAGAUAAUCCUCAGGGUCCCACAAUUAAUGGGGUUUUAAAUAAAGUUGUUAACGAAUUGAAGCAAAUUUUGAAAAAGGACUUUAAUAAAAAAAUGGUGGAGAAUACGGCGUUUAAAUUGUUUGAAGAUUGGUGGGAUGAGAAGAAAACGCAGACACAUGAAAAGAGUCAGAGUACCUUUGAAGAGAAUGUUACGAAUAAUGUGGUUAAGGAUGAAAAUAAUAAGCAAGAGGGACUUUCGUCAUUAAUUGAACAAGCAACACCGCUUGGUUUCAAUUAUGAUGGUUUUGGAUUGGGAAUUCGUGCCAGUAUGCCUAAAAUGCCAUCGUUUAGGCGAAAGAUUAAACCACCGAGUCCAAUGCCUCUGGAUGAGGAUAGUCGACUGUCGGAUCGUUUAGGAACUGAAUUAAUUGAAAGUGAUAGUGAUUUGGAUCUACUGGCAGUAUCGAAAACAAAAAGACCACUCGCGAGUCUUCCCAGUGCGUCAACAUCCUCCUCCUCAUCGGCUGCAAGUUCAAGUGAUGAUACAAGCAGUAGUGAAUCGUCGAGUGAAAGUUCAGACGAUGAGGAAUUUACCUACGAUCCACGUCCUCUCGCCUCAACAAGUGAGAAUACUGAUAUUAUCAUGGAACUUGCGAUACAACGUUCUCUCGAUUGUCCAACACCACCGGGACGAUUAACACCAUUACCAGAUCUAAUAAUUCAUGUAAAUGACAAUGAAUUACCGGAAAUUUGUAACGAUGCUAGUCCAAUAUCAUCGCCAGUCUAUCUACAUGAAACCAAAGAGGAAAACGAUACAAAGAUUGUCAAUGACAUUGAAAUGAAAUUAAUCGAUAGGCCAAAAACACCUGAAAUGAAAUUCAUGUCGGAGGUUAAGAAGACUGAGAAUUUAUGGAAUCAAGAGCCAAGGGAUAUUGAAAGAAUGGAAAGUUCAGCUGCCGAGGCAUUAAUGACACUCGCCGGUCAAGAUAAUAUUAUUAGGCACAAAAGUCCUGGACAAAUACAACCGAAUAUUAUCCGAAGUUUGGAGACAUUGUCAAGUAAAUAUAUUAAUGAUGUGCCAAUAUUACAAGAAUCGGAGAAAAUUGAAAUAACAUUCAGUGAAAUACCAACAACCGAUUCUGAGGAGGAGAGUUUGGAAAUUCGUCAAUUGAGAUUCCAAGCCGAGGCAAAUUUGAGAUUAAAUGGAGAUAAUUAUCCCGAAGGUGAUGAUAGGCCAUUAGUAUUUGCUGAACAUUCUUAUUCGUUAUUACCGGAAAAACCGGCUGUCACGGUUGAUGAUAAACCAACGAUUGAAAGUGAAUUGAUCCCAAUAGCAAUACCAAUACCACCUAAAGCAAAACCGUUGAAAUUGGAUAAGAGAAAAGAGAAGGCGGAGAAGCGGAAAAAUAAUAAAAUUUCUAAACUUCAUAUUCAAAAUUAUGAGCGUGAAAAGGAGAAUAUUGAAAUGGAAAAUCGAAAGAAUAUUUAUGAGAUUCCAAAAAUUGCACAACCGGAAAUUACCUAUAAGGAGAGGGAUCUAAUGUCGGAAAUGAGUAUUUUCUAUCAAUUCUUAACGCGAGGAAUUGACGCCGAGGACGUUGAGUAUUUGAGGAGAAGUUACGAGGCCUUGUUGGCUGAUGACGCUCAAGGUUAUUGGCUUAAUGACACACAUUGGGUGGAUCAUCCGCCUACUGAUGUUCCUAGUCCCGCGAAGAGAAGAAAAAGAGAUGACCUCAGGUUACAUGCCACUGGUUGCGCGAGAACGGAAGGUUAUUACAAAGUCGAUAUUCGCGAGAAGGCUAAGCAUAAACAUCAUUACGCGCUGAGUAUUCAAAGAAGUAAUGAUGUAGAGGAAAGUGGAGGUCCAUACGCAGGAGGAGAUGGAGUUGCGAAUGGUCCAAAAGUAAAUUUGAAAACUCUCACCGGUAAAAUGCAAGCACUGUCUCGAGAAGCGAGAAGUAAUCAACGUCGUCUUCUCACUGCAUUCGGUAUCGAUACAGACAGUGAUCUUCUUAAGUUUAAUCAGUUGAAGUUCCGAAAGAAGCAAUUGAAAUUUGCAAAAUCGGGAAUUCACGAUUGGGGCUUGUUUGCAAUGGAGCCAAUUGCCGCCGACGAAAUGGUAAUUGAAUACGUUGGACAAAUGGUGAGGCCAGUUGUCGCCGAUUUACGUGAAUCACAAUACGAGGCAACUGGAAUUGGAAGUUCGUACCUUUUCAGAAUCGAUCUGGAUACAAUUAUUGACGCGACCAAAUGCGGCAAUCUCGCUCGGUUCAUUAACCAUAGUUGUAAUCCAAAUUGUUACGCUAAAGUGAUCACUAUAGAAAGUCAAAAGAAAAUAGUAAUUUACAGUAAACAACCAAUUGGAGUCAACGAGGAAAUUACGUACGACUACAAAUUUCCAUUGGAAGACGAUAAAAUUCCCUGCCUAUGUGGAGCUCCUCAAUGUCGGGGAACUCUCAAUUAAAAAAAAAAAAAACAAAAAAAGUGUUCGUCAGCUUCAUUGUUCAUUUCAUUUUUUUUUCUUUUAUUACAUUAAUUCAUCGUACCCCCCUCCCGUUGCUCAUGUUUUUGUAAAUAUGCCCCCUCCCCCCCUCAAUUACCACCCCUUAUAUAUAAAAAAACAUUUUAUAAAAAUGCAACUCUACGGUUGAAAUAAAAAAAAUAUUUUUUCUUGG